AUGACCUAGCAGCCCCUUUCCCAAUUUCUCACUUUGUGUUGAGGUUGGCAGCCUUGCUAUGACAUUUAUUACGAUGAAAGUCUUUCUGGGAUUGGGAGUACUGUACCUUUUAGUUGGCCUAAGCUGGACUCAGGAUCCAACAGUGACCGUGGAGUGUAGUCUUCUCACAUUACGGGUGAUGGUGAAAAAACAUCUGUUUAAUGAUGUGCCUGUGGCUCCUGAAGAACUGAUGCUUGGGACAGGCUGUCCAGUUACCGGGGAAACAUCAGCUAUAUAUGAGUUACACUAUCCUGUGUCAGAGUGUGGAAUUCAUUUUGAGGCUUUUCAAACACUUGUACUCUAUAAAACCACACUCUAUUAUAAGCCAACAAAUCCCUUUCCGGCACUAACAUUUCCCUUGUUCUGCACAGUGUUCAAGAAACUAUUCUUGCCAAAAUUAAAUGAUCCUGUUCGUGUUCUGCCGCCUCAGGAAGCCCCAACACUGAAUGGCAUAAAAAUGCGGAGUAGUGUUUCUGUUCCCUCCUAUUGGAAUAGAGACUUCCCUGGGAUGUUGGUGGAGCAAGGCAUAAAAUCUCUUCAGAACAGAUACUGAAUCUUGGAACCAGUUCUUUCCCCAUCUUGGCUCCAAGCUCCGUAGUCUGCCACCUUCUUUGAUGUGGAGAGAAUGGACUAUCUGCAUCCUGAGAUUUCCAAGAAGGUAGCCACAGGACAGUCAAGGCCAGGGAAACAUGAACCUCACGCAAUUCUGGUUCCAAACUUUGGGAAACUGGCAUUGUUCAAGCUUGCAUUGGUGAGAUUCUCAGUGGGUUUAAAAAAAUUCCUCUAAAAAAUUAAACCUAAGCAUAUUGCCCUUUUUAAAUUCUCUCUAUACAAGGGCACUAUGUGGAUUUUAUAUAGAGAUUUAUUAGAAUGUGUAUAUUCAGCAUUGCAAUGAUGUAUAUGUAUACAUUAGUUUAUGUGCAUGUAUUAUAAUGAUUUGUUAAUUUAAUAAAAUUUUACGUAUA